UCCUUUCUUUCUUUCUUUUCUUUUUUUUUUUUUUCCCUUUCGCUUUAAACCCCGCCGUGUUUACGGCCGGCUUCCAGGAAAACCAGCGCCCGGCCCCUCGGCGUGGGCGUUCCUCCGCCGGCCUCAACAACUCCGACGAGACAUGGCCGAGGGAAACGCGGUGAGAAACCUCCGGGAGGAAGCCACCUGCGCCGUCUGCUUGGAUUUUUUCCGCCGGCCCGUGAUGCUCCUGGCCUGCGGCCACAACUUCUGCCACGCCUGCGUCGCUCGCUGCGCCCAGAAGGGCGGCGGGGCCGCAUCGUGCCCCCAGUGCCGCCUGCCUUUCCCCCGCGGCGCCUUCCGCCCCAACCGGCAGCUGGCCAACGUGGUGGCCGCCGUGCGGGAGCUGGUGGCGGAGGAGCAGGAUUUGGGCCUGCCGGCCGCGAGCCGGGCUGGCGGUGCUCACGGCGAGCGUCGCGCCCACCUCGAGGACCGGCAGGAACCCACCCCGUCCUCCUCCGCGCCCCAGGAGCACCUCGGACCCCCCCCAAAAAACCCACAAGAGGACGAGGGAGCUGCCGCGCCGCUGACACCCCCGGGGGGGGGGGACGGGGGCCAGCAGGCGCUGCUGGCACGAGUGGAGGCCGAGAGGCAGAAGCUGCUGGCGGUGCUGGGGGGGCUGCGGGGGCUCGUGGGCCAGCAGGAAUCGCGGCUGCUGGCCCGCCUGGGCCACCUGCGGCGCGGGCUGGAGGAGGCCAAGGGCCGGCAAGCCGGCGGAGAUCGAUGGGAUUGCAGCAUCACCCCGAGCAGGAGCACGGAGCGGAGGCCGCGGCCGCUGGAGCUCGAAGCGGAGCUCGAGGACUUCUCCCAGAAAAACAACGCCCUGGCAGCGGUGGUGGAGCGGCUCAAAGAUGUCCUGGCUUGCUCCCUGGAGGAAGACCUGGGGGGAUACCAGAAAGCGAGCGUGACCCUGGACCCGGCCACCGCUCACCCCCAGAUCUUGGUGUCUCCGGACGGCCGCAGCGCCCGGCGCUGCAAAACCCCUCGGGACCCUCUUCCGGGGAGCUCCGAGCGCUUCGAGGCUCUCCGUUGCGUCCUGGGCCGCCAGGGCUUCGCUGAAGGGCGGCACCGUUGGGCCGUGGAGGUGCCGCCGGGGCCCGACUGGGCUCUGGGGGUGGCUCGGGAAUUCGUGCCCCGCAAGGGAUGCUACGGGUUGAGCCCCGCGCGGGGCGUUUGGGCAGUGGGGCAGUGGUUGGGGCAGCUGCGGGCGCUCACCUGGCCCAGCCCCACCUGCCUGCCCCUGGCCCGGGUGCCGAAACGCAUCGAGGUGGCCCUGGAUUACGGAGGAGGGCGGGUGGCUUUCCGCGACGCCGACAGCGAGGCCGAGAUCUUCGCCUUUCCCCCGGCGGCGUUCGCCGGAGAGAGGCUCCGGCCCCUGCUGUGGUUGGGAGAGGGGCCGGCCCUGCUCACCUUUUGCCCCUAAAAAAAUCCCCCAAACCCUCACGUUUUGCCCCAAACCAACUCCCCAGGCUUCUCCCCACCGCCACAUCCUGCCCAGCUUGGCAGAAGUCCCCACACGCGCAGCCCCCGAGCUCAAUAAACAGCGCUAAAAAAACA